AACAUGGGCGGUGCGGCGGGAAGGCGGACCCCGGCCACUCCCACGGGUGGCCCCGGCGAUGAACCCGGAGCCCUCACCCCGCCGGGAAGAAGGCAGGGGCGGACAGGCCGCGCUGUCGCUUUAAGACCGCGUUUCUGGUGACACCGACGGGCUCCUGGAGAGGGUGGUGACUCUAAGCAAGGCCAAGGUCCCAAGGGAGGAGACUCCCCCACCUGGCUCAUCGUGGCAGAGACACAACCCUUCGCCAAUCUGGAUGCAGAAGCCUCCAUGGCUGUGAUAAGCCUGCUGUUCUUGACAGUGAUGUAUGUGGUUCACCACCCGUUGAUGGUCAGUGACCGAAUGGACCUGGACACGCUGGCCAGAAGUCGGCAGCUGGAGAAGCGGAUGAGCGAGGAGAUGCGCCAGUUAGAGAUGGAGUUCGAAGAGAAGAAGAAAGCAGCGGAGCAGAAGCAGAGGGCAGAGAGCUUCUGGAGAGGAGACACGGCCGGUGACCAGUUAGUGCUGGGGAGGAAGGACACGGGCUGGACGUUCCAGACCGACAGCCAGGAGGGCCCUCUGGGCUGGAUGCUGGGGAACCUGUGGAACGCCGGCCUCUUCUGUCUUUUUCUCAUCUUCGAGCUCCUGCGACAGAACAUGCAGCACGAGCCGGCCUUUGACUCCAGCAGUGAGGAGGACGAGGAGGAAGUCCGUGUCGUGCCCGUCACCUCCUACAACUGGCUCACCGACUUCCCCUCCCGAGAAGCCCUGGAGUCCUUUCACAAACACUAUGUCCAGAAUGCCACCCGUGACCUGCCCUGCACCUGUGAGUUUGUGGAGAGCUUUGUGGAUGAUCUCAUCGAAGCCUGUCGGGUGCUCAGCCGCCGGGAGGCCCACCCGCAGUUGGAGGACUGUCUGGGUAUCGGGGCUGCCUUUGAGAAAUGGGGAACCUCCCACGAAACCCAGAAAUUUGACGUCCUGGUGCCCAUCCUACCCCCACAGGGCACCAUGUUUGUCCUGGAGAUGAGGGAUCCGGCCCUCGGCCGCCGCUGCGGCUCUGUGCUCGUGGAGUCGGAGUGCGUGUGCAAGCGCGAGAAGCUCCUGGGGGACGUGCUGUGCCUGGUGCACCACCACAGGGACCACCCGGUGGCCUCGGGGAAGUGUGGCAGCUCCAUCAAGGCAGCACUCUGCACCGGCUUCCACCUGGACGUGUGCAAGACCGUGCAGUGGUUCCGGAACAUGGUGGGCAACGCCUGGGCCCUCGUGGCCCACAAGUAUGACUUUAAGCUCAGUCUGCCACCGUCUACCACCUCCUGCAAACUCCGGCUGGACUAUCGCUCAGGCCGCUUUCUCUCAAUCCACCUGGUCCUGGCGGUCCAGAGGGAAGACACCUUAGUCUACCUGGUGAGUCAGGCCCCUGAUCAGGAACAGCUUACCAGUGUGGACUGGCCCGAGUCCUUUGCAGCCUGUGAACACUUGUUUCUGAAGCUGGUAGGGCGUUUUGCGCCUGAGAAUACCUGUCACCUCAAGUGCCUCCAGAUCAUUUUAAGUCUCCGGGACCAUCAGAACUUACCCCAAGGGGCAUCCCGCCCCGUCCUCACUUCUUACCACUUCAAAACAGCCCUUAUGCACCUGUUGCUGCGGCUGCCCCUAACAGACUGGCAGCACAACAUGCUCUGUCAGCGCCUCCAGGACGUUCUCUGGUUUUUGGGCCGUGGCCUCCAGCAAAGGUCCCUCCAUCACUUUCUCAUUGGGAACACCUUCCUGCCCCUGACCAUCCCGAUCCCUAAGACGUUUCGGAAUGCUGAGCCUGUCAAUCUCUUCCAACACCUGGUGUUAAACCCCAUGGCACACUCACAGGCGGUGGAGGAGUUCCACAACCUCCUGACCCAGGUGAAAACUCUGCCCUGUGCCCCACUGGCUGGGGCACCUUAAAGGUGUAAGGGCCAUUAAAAAAAGCAUACGGGGAGAAGGUAUUUCUGAUUCCUCAGGCUGCAGAAGUUUAUUUUUCAGAUUCAUCAGCAGUAUAUGUGACUUACCUUGCCAGGGGGCAAUGAAGAUGCUUUCAAGGAGUGCACGAGAUGGUCAGAUGGAGACUGCAGCCUGCAGGGCCUAACUUGGGGUGGGUCUCCUGAGGUUUUCUUCUCCCAAUUUAACUUUCAUCGUGACCCAGAGAAGGUCCAGGGAACCACGUGACGGGAGGAUCUCACUGCUGAGUUGAGGUCCAGAGGGAGCCUUGGAAGUUGUGUUUGUGUAUGGACACUGGAAGCGAAGGAGAACCAGAGAAUACCUCCAUGUUCCAGCUUCUUCCUUCUUAUGAACGACUCCCAACCUUUUCCUUGGGAACCGCUUUGCUGGUUGAACUGUAAGCUUAACUCCCCUGCACCUGAUGGCACUCGAUUUUAUCCUGAAUACUGUGAUGGCGACUUCUCGUAUUUUAGAAAAUAAUUUUUCAUAGUCUUUCACUGUUUUGAAAACUAUAACCAGGAUGUUUAUUUUCCGUUUUAAUUUAUCCCUAUUUUCAUAUGACAUUAUAGCUGUUUUUAUGCAUCUGAAAAACCCUGCAGACUACACAAGUAAUUUA